AUGAUUAUUACUGAAAACAGAACAGGAUUUGAUGAUUUACUGAAUGAUACGAAUAUCAAUACAUCAAUGCUAUCACAUUUGAGCCAUAAUUUGCAUAUAUACGGUUAUUUGAUUAUUGGUCCAAUGCUAGUAUUGGUUAACACACCGAUCUUCCUGCUUGUGAUGUUACGUAAAGCGCUCAGGCUUCCCUACCUGAUUCUCUCAACUGUAUUUUUUAACAGUGGAUUAACCGGAUUGAGUGCAAUAUUAAUGGGCGCAAAACGAUGGAUUGUUUCCGUUGUUCAAGAACAAUUUAUUGUUCAUUAUGACUGCGUGCUUAGUGUGGCGAUCUUUUUUUUAUCAAUGUCUUUUCUAAAUGGUUGGAGUUUACUAAUGAAUAGUGUGGAAAGAUUUUGUGUCGUUGCAUUCCCAAUGUAUUACUAUAUUCAUAGUAAACGAUUAAUCUUUGCAUUAAUUACCAUACAAUAUGCAAUCACCGCCAUUGCAGUGAUUUUUACCGUUGUCGCAAGUUUAAUUGAACCGAAGCGAUAUAUAUCGCAUUUUUGCAUGUGA